AUGGGAAGGAAAUUCAAGGCGGACGGCACUGUGAACAAGUUUCGCGGGAAUACCGUGCUGUGUCAUUUGCCGCAGCAGGGCCCCGGCAGAGAUCUUUUUAAGCGGCUGUUGGACUUUUACAAGGAGUUCCCGAUUCUUCUGUUCAAGAACAAGAUUACCAUGCUCCCAAGCUCGAAUCUGCACAUGACCAUGUUUGACUGCAUACACGAGUUCAAAAGAGAGUCGGAGGGCUGGCCCAAAGACCUGCCUAGAGACCCGCCGAUCGAGCAGUGCAACGAGUGGAUGGUCAAAACGCUGACUGAGACCUCUUUCGACAUCGACCUGCCUAUCAGACUGCAGGUGGACAGCAGCUACGUGGAGCAGACGAGCCACGGCGGAAUGGAUACGUGGAAAGUUGCGCUUUUGCCGCUGAACUCGGAGGAGGAGCAGAAAAUCAAGCAGCUUCGCGUUGGCAUUGCUACUGCAUUGGGCAUUCCGCUGCCAACUCUGGCGUCGUACAAAUUCCACAUGACCAUAGCGUACAUCAAUGAAGAGUUCACCCCGGAGGAAUCGGCCCAGCUGAAAGCGCUUGUUGACAAGUUCCACCAGGAGGCGCGUGUUGUUGAGCUUGGCGCACCGGAGGUGUGCUGUUUCGAGGACAUGUUCUACAUGGAGAGGUUUGGGUUUCUUGGCAAGAGACAAUAG